CUCUCUGCCGGCCCGCGGGCCCUUUCCCACCACAGACCCCGCCCCGCGCCCUACCCGUCACGCGUCCAAGGUUCAGCCCCGGCACCCGGGGCUCCGGCGCCCACCCGUCCCCAGCAGGCCCCGCCCCCGUGCGGUCCCUCCCGGAAGCGCCGGCGGAGCGUCUUCGCAUGGAGCGCGAGCCCAGCGCCUCGGAGGCCGCCCCCGCGGCGGCCGCGCUCUUCGCCUGGGGUGCAAAUAGCUAUGGGCAACUUGGCCUCGGCCAUAAGGAAGAUGUGCUGUUGCCGCAGCAACUGAAUGACUUCUGUAAACCCAGGAGUGUCAGGAGGAUCACAGGAGGAGGGGGCCACUCUGCAGUUGUCACAGAUGGAGGAGACCUCUUUGUUUGUGGCCUGAACAAAGAUGGGCAACUGGGGCUUGGUCACACAGAGGAUAUCCCAUAUUUUACCCCCUGCAAAUCCCUCUUUGGCUGUCCCAUCCAACAGGUGGCCUGUGGCUGGGAUUUUACCAUUAUACUUACAAGUGAAAAAUGGUCAAGUUCUAUCAUGUGGAUCCAACUACUUUGGCCAGUUAGGAGUUCCUCAUGGACCUCAAAGAUGUGUGGUUCCCCAGGCCAUUGAGCUCCAUAAAGAGAAGGUUGUUUGUAUUGCUGCUGGACUGAGACAUGCAUUAGCUGCUACAGCGAGUGGCAUCGUGUUCCAGUGGGGGACUGGUUUGGCAUCAUGUGGACGACGGUUGUGCCGUGGGCAGUCUCUUCCAUUGUUUUUCACAGCAAAGGAACCAAGCAGAGUGACAGGUCUAGAGAAUUCUAAAGCAAUGUGUGUUCUUGCUGGCUCAGACCACUCAGCUUCAUUAACAGAUGCAGGAGAGGUGUAUGUUUGGGGAAGCAACAAGCAUGGGCAACUGGCUACUGAGGCUGCUUUCCUUCCUGUGCCCCAGAAAAUAGAAGCACAUUGUUUCCAGAAUGAAAAGGUCACUGCCAUCUGGAGUGGGUGGACACACCUGGUUGCUCAGACAGAAACUGGCAAGAUGUUUACCUGGGGCCGAGCAGACUAUGGUCAACUAGGGAGGAAGUUGGAGACGUAUGAAGGCUGGAAACUGGAAAAGCAAGAUUCAUUUCUCCCCUGUUCGAGACCACCGAACAGCACGCCUUCAUCUCUGCAUUGCUUAACUGGAGCAACUGAGGUCUCUUGUGGCUCAGAGCAUAAUUUGGCAGUAAUUGGUGGAGUGUGUUACUCUUGGGGCUGGAAUGAGCAUGGCAUGUGCGGAGAUGGCACUGAAGCCAACGUCUGGGCCCCGAAGCCGGUGCAAUUUCUGCUGUCAUCAUCAGGACUCCUUGUAGGCUGUGGGGCUGGCCACUCCCUGGCCCUCUGCCAGCUACCAGCUCACCCUGCAUUGGUCCAGGACCCCAAGGUCACCUACCUUUCCCCAGAUGCCACCGAGGACACUGAAUCUCAGGAAGCCAUGGACAAAGAGAGAAACUGGAAAGAAAGACAAUCAGAAACUUCAACCCAAAGCCAAUCUGACUGGUCCGGAAAUGGGGGACUAUGAUAGAGAAUCUUUAAUAAAGUGGCUUUUCCCACCAAAA